CAUUUAUUAUUAAAAAAAACUAAGAGAGAGAGAGGAAAGUCACUAUGUCAGCAUCACGUGUAUGUCUCUCUCUCUCUCCUCCCAAACACAACUCUCUUCUUCUACUUCUUGUCUAAAUCUUUUUUUUCUUGUCUAAAUCUUGAACUCAAAACUAAAAAACAUCUCCAAGAUUUACUCUCAUGGCUUCCACCACCACCACCACUCUCUGCGACCUCCCUGACGUCAUCUUAUCCACCAUCUGCGCUCUCGUCACCGACUCACGAGCCCGCAACUCCCUCUCCCUCGUCUCCCACAAGUUCCUCGCCCUCGAGAGAUCCACCCGCUCCCACCUCACUCUCCGCGGCAACGCGCGUGACCUCCACCUCCUCCCCGGCUGUUUCCGAUCCAUCUCCCACCUCGAUCUCUCCUUCCUCUCCCCGUGGGGCCACUCCCUCCUCACCUCCCUCCCCGUCGAUCACCAGCCCCUCCUCGCUCUCCGCCUCCACCUCUGCUUCCCUUCCGUCGACGCCCUCACCGUCUACUCUCGCUCCCCGACCUCCCUCGAGCUUCUCCUCCCUCAGUGGCCGAGGAUUCGCCACGUCAAGCUUAUCCGUUGGCACCAGAGACCUUCUCAGAUCCCUCAGGGCGACGACUUCGUUCCCAUCUUCGAGCACUGUGGUCUCCUCGAGUCUUUGGAUCUCUCUGCUUUCUACCACUGGACGGAAGACUUGCCUCCCGUUCUCCAGCGUUACGCUGACGUGGCGGCGAGGCUCACUCGCUUGGAUAUAUUAACGGCGUCUUUUACUGAGGGAUACAAGUCGAGCGAGAUCGUUGAUAUUACCAAAGCUUGUCCUAAUCUUAGAGACUUCCGUGUUGCUUGCACGUUUGAUCCGAGAUACUUCGAGUUUGUCGGUGACGAGACUCUCUCCGCCGUGUCUGCCAACUGUCCUAAGCUUACUCUUCUCCACAUGGUGGACACAGCUUCGCUGGCAAGUCCUAGAGCGGUUCUAGGUAAUGACUCUGGAGAUUCAGCUAUCACGGCGGCGACGCUGAUGGAGGUUUUCUCAGCUCUACCGCAUCUAGAGGAGCUUGUGCUUGACGUUGGUAAGAACGUGAAGCUUAGCGGUGUAGCUUUAGAGGCUUUAAACACCAAAUGCAAGAAGCUAAGAUCUUUGAAGCUAGGACUGUUCGAAGGGGUUUGCUCCGCCACAGAUUGGGGGAAGCUUGACGGUGUGGCGUUAUGCGGAGGGUUAUUGUCGCUGUCUUUAAAAAACUCUGCCGAUUUGGGUGAUAUGGGUUUGGUUGCUAUAGGGAAAGGAUGUUGUAAGCUGAGUAAGUUUGAGAUUCAAGGGUGUGAGAAUGUGACAGUGAAGGGGCUUAGAACAAUGGUUACACUCCUUAGGAAGACGUUAACUGAUGUUAGAAUCUCUUGCUGUAAGAAGCUAGAUGCAACAGCUUCUUUAAAGGCGGUUGAGCCUAUCUUUGAUAGGAUCAAGAAGCUGCAUAUUGAUUGUGUUUGGUCUGGUUCAGAGGAGGAAGGUGGAGAAAGGGUGGAAACAAGUGAGACUAAUGAUGAUAAUGAUGAUGAUGGUGAUGAUUAUGAGAGGAGUCAGAAGAGGUGCAAGUACUCAACAGAUGAUGUGAAUGGGUUCUCCUCUGAAGACAGAGUGUGGGAGAAACUUGAGUAUCUGUCUUUAUGGAUCAGUGUUGGUGAGUUUCUAACACCAUUACCUAUGACAGGACUAGAUGACUGUCCCAACUUGGAAGAGAUUAGGAUCAAGAUAGAAGGAGACUGCAGAGGUAGACGCAGGCCUUCUGAGCCAGAGCUAGGCUUAAGCUGUCUAGCUCUCUAUCCAAAGCUCUCAAAGAUGCAGCUAGACUGCGGCGACACGAUCGGUUUCGCCUUGACCGCGCCACCUAUGCAGAUGGAUCUGAGCUUGUGGGAGAGGUUCUUCUUGACUGGAAUAGGAAACUUGAGCUUGAGCGAGCUAGAUUAUUGGCCACCGCAGGAUAGAGAUGUUAACCAGAGGAGUCUUUCUCUUCCUGGUGCAGGUUUGUUACAAGAAUGUUUAUCUCUGAGGAAGCUUUUCAUUCAUGGAACAGCUCAUGAGCAUUUCAUGAACUUUUUGUUGAGAAUCCCAAACUUGAGAGAUGUGCAGCUUAGAGAAGACUAUUAUCCAGCUCCUGAGAAUGAUAUGAGCACUGAGAUGAGAGUUGGUUCUUGUAGUAGAUUUGAGGAUCAGUUGAACAGCCGCAUCAUCAUUGACUGAUACUAAAGAGUGAGUUACUCCACACUGUUAUCACAUAAUGUAUUAACUUCAAGAACUAGUCAUUUGUUUUACGUUGAAUGUUAUGUAUGUUUUUGUAAGAGGAAAGAUCAAAGAUAUAAUGUAUACAUUUGCAAUGA